AUGGUCCCCAAGAAGCACGGCUCGAACCGCAUGUCGGCGUACCUCAAGUACAAGAUCGCCCGCAAUGUGCGCGAUCACAACCGCAAGGCCAAGAAGGCCGCGCGUGCCAACCCCAACACCCACCGCCUCAAGAAGGACCCCGGCAUUCCGUCCCUCUGGCCCUUCAAGGACCGCCUGGUCCAGCAGGUGCUCGAGGCCAAGGAGCAGGCCCGCAUCGAUCGCGAGGCCAAGCGCGAGGCGUAUCGCGCCAAGCAGAUCCAGGCUUCGCAGCUGAAGCGCGAGGAGGCCCUCCUGGAGGAGGAGGCCCGCACGGUGGAGGAUCUGCAGCAGCGGGCCGAGCGCCGCGCGGCCCAGUCCGAGCGCGAGCAGCGCCGCAAGAGCACCGACGCCCAGCGCAGCAUGCAGGGCGAGGCCGGGCUCCAGGUGAAUGACAACUCCCGCCGGGCGUACUACCGGGAGUUCCGCAAGGUGGUCGAGGCGGCCGAUGUCAUCCUGCAGGUGCUGGACGCGCGCGACCCGCUGGGCUGCCGGUCGCCCCAGAUCGAGGAGAUGAUCCUCAAGGCCGGCGGCGGCGACAAGAAGAUCAUCCUGGUCCUGAACAAGGUGGACCUGGUGCCGCGCAAGAAUGUCGAGGCCUGGAUCAAGUACCUGAGCCAUGAGUUCCCGACCAUCGCCUUCAAGGCCAGCACCCAGCAGCAGCGGACCAACAUCGGCCACGGGUCGUCCGGGGCCCUGAAUGCGGCUGCCUCGUCCGGCGGGUCGGAUGACAGCGCCGCCAUCACCACCUCCGAGUGCCUGGGUGCCGACUCGCUGAUUCGCCUGCUGAAGAACUACAGCCGCAGCCACGACAUCAAGACCAGCCUGCGCGUGGGUGUGGUGGGCUUCCCGAAUGUCGGCAAGUCGUCCCUCAUCAACUCGCUGCGGCGGUCGCGCGUGUGCGGCGUCGGCGCGGUGGCCGGCUUCACCAAGACCGCGCAGGAGGUCAUCCUGGACAAGAACAUCCGUCUGCUGGAUUGCCCGGGCAUCCUGUUCACCGGUGACGACGCCACGGUCGACCCGUCCAUCGUCCUGCGGAACUGUGUCCGCGUGGAGGCCAUCGCCGAUCCGGUUGGCGCGGUGGGCUACCUGCUGACCCGCCUGCCCAAGAAGCAGGUCAUGCUGCUGUAUCGUGUUGGGGACUUCGACUCGACCAUCCGGUUCCUGGGGGGUCCCCUGCGCACGGGGACGCGCCUAGUUCGGUGCGGUGUUUACAUCUGGGCCUGGUGCUGA